AUGGCCUAUGCGUCUGGAAAACAGCUAUGGGAGGUACCUGGAUCCGAAGCUCAAGAGCACAGCCCUGGAAAACUGCACUGGGAAUCAGAGUGCCAGUACCAACUGCGCCACCUACAGGACAGCGCUCAAAUUUCAGCUCUUCUGCCUCCCAGCCUGGAAGGUCAUUGGACUUCUACAGGAUGUGAGGUACGCCCAGGACCGGAGUUCCUCACCAGAUCCUAUCUGUUUUACUCCAACCGCCUGUUCAAGGCCUAUCAGUUCUACUACUGGGACCCCUCCUGCCGCGAUCCCUCCCACUCCCUGGUGAUCAAAGGCAAGCUCAGACUGCGCCAGGCCUCCUGGAUCACCCGAGGGGCCACAGAGGCAGACUACCACCUGCACAAAGUGGGCAUUGUUUUCCACAGCCAGAGGGCCAUGCAGGAGAUCUCUGCCCGGAUCAAUCAGUCAUCAGGAGGGAGCUGCAGUGGAUUCUUUCCACCUGGACGGUCCUGGGCUCCUGGAGUCCUCUAUGAGGUGCUGAGUGCCAAGGAGGGGCGAGAUUGCACUGCAGCCCUGGGCUUUGCUAUGCAUGAACUCAGCCUGGUGCGGGUGGAGACGUAUUAUGAGCCCCUCCUGGAAACUCAGUCGAGUGGCCGUAGGGCAGUGGAGGAGCUGUAUCUAGGAGACAUUCACACCAAGUGGUCGGAGAGGCUCCAUUAUCGACCGACAGGGUAUCAACGCCCGUUGCAGAAUGCUCUGCAUCACGUGCAUCCUUGCCCUGCUUGUGGGAUUGUAUUCAGAUCUGAUGAACACCAUCCACCUAUAUUACCAGCUAAGGCCGAGCUACCUAUGCAGUUGAGUGGCAGGUGGGUGAGCGCCCAUUGUGAAGUCCGACCAGCUGUGCUUUUCCUUACCAGGUAUUUCAUAUUUCAUGGCACCAAUCGCACCUGGGAAGGGUACUAUUAUCACUACUCGGACCCACUCUGCAAACAGCCUACUUUCACCAUCUACGCGUCUGGGCACUACACCAAGGGCGUCCCAUCCUCCAAAGUGAGAGGGGGCACAGAGCUGGCCUUUAAAGUGACCUAUGCUCGGGUUACAGCAAUGGAUCAAGUAACCGUGACAAUGCUAAACUCCUCAGAGCCAGGGACCUGCGGGGAGAGUGGCUCCUGGAGUGCCGGAAUGGAGCAGGAUAUAACGCUGACCGGUGGGUGUCUGGCUUUGGGCCUCAAGUUGCCCCACACAGAGUACGAACUCUUCAGAAUGGAGCAAGACACAAAAGAUCGUAGUUUGCUGUUCAUCGGCAAAAGGCCCACGGAUGGAUCUAGCCCUGACAGGCCUGAGAAGCGGCCCACCUCCUACCAGGCACCUCUUAUUCAGUGUGCCGGAGCUAUGGGGAUCUUUUCUAAACACAGCAGUCCAAGAUACCUGGGGAAAGUGGUUAAUAAUAGGAACGAAACACUAAAAUCUUUGUCUGUGGCCUUUUUAUUGUCACUUGUGGCCAUGCAGUUUUUAAAAUGGGACUAGAUGCCGCCGGCUGCUUGCUCAGGUGCAGCACAGAAUUCAGACACUCCGGGUGCUAAGACAAUCCUCUUUAGAUAAGCACAUCUGGAAUCAGCUUUGCUUCGUUGCUGUGCACAUUAAAAACACAAAAUGGACAAAGCAAGAGGUUUUCCCCAUAUAAUAUGUCUGAUUAAGCUAUCUGUGAGCAUAAGCCUAAUGUAGCUUCUUGGGUGUGUUGCAAAUUGUCAGGUAAUUUAGCAAUACUAGAAAGUUGAAUUGUAACUGCUGAGUCCAGCUGUCAGCAUUGCUAGGGUAUAAUUGAGGUCUCGGUUCACACACAAGUCAGAUUUCUAAAGUUCUGACUACUCAUUCUCUCUGCAAUUGGCUUUCCCCUGCCUUACUGCUCCUGUAAGCUCAUGGAGUUGGCUUUGGCAGGCGUUCUGGAUCAGCCACAGACACGCAUGUCUUGUCAGUUUGCAGUGAUCUAAACUACGUCAGCUAGCAUGUGCAUACACACACUACCUACCUGUGCUCAGAGAUACAAGCUGUCAAUAGUUCAGGAAGGGCUCUCGGUGGCAGACUGAUGCCAUCCUUGCAACCUAUAAUUCCCAAGCUGUGAUUGGUGGAUGUAUGGUAGUUCUCUUAGGCUCUGGGCUGCAAUGGUCCCACAGCUAAGAACCAGUGAGAGACAAGAACCCUGCCUCGGCCCACCUUUUUGUUACUACCUUGUCCCUGCCCCAUUAUACAGACCGCAUAGGGGUUAGGUUCACUCUGUACCACCUCUCUGUGUGCUUACAUAGCCCAAAUAUUCUGAGAUGUGACCAGCUGAUUUAUGACCGUACCACUCACAGGGUGUUAGUGAGGCAUCCACAUACUAUACAGAUCCUGUGUUACUUCUGUUCCCACUUUAGUACAACCCCUUGUGCAUUUGCUGGCACAUCCCCUUAAGAAGAAUCAUAAAUCCAACCCUGGAUUAGAUCUUCAACAUAAAAAUGCCACACAAGUGCAAAGAUAACAGCUGACAAACAUGGCUCAGGUAAAUUAAUGUUAGGGGUGCAGAAGAGAGACUAUAAUCAGACACCAGAGUCAACUCCUGGCUAAUUUCUGUCUACAAGGAACGCAAGGUAUGGAAUUAUGUUUCCUAGCCUACUGCAGCUAAGAGGACACCUAGCUUGAAGACAUUUGAUAGCUAAAUCCUUUCCACCUUACCUAUAUAUUUUAUCCAAAAAGGAUUUUAACCAAUUAUGCAAUACUACAUUUCUAAUAUUGCAUAUGCGAAACUGCCACUGUAUGUAAGGCUUGUUUACAAAGACCAUAUAGGAAGAUUAAUCUUAAUUAACUAAAGGUGUAUAUGAAGUGGAUUAGUUAAACCUGAUUGUGAACAUCCGUAUUCAGAAUUAAAGUGGCUUUAGUGUUUAAUUUAAAUCAGUUUCAAAAUGGAUUAAGAUAUACCACAUUGUAAAGCCACUUUAAUUCUGAACAACAGCAUCCAUACAAGAAUUUAAUACCACUGAACUAAUCCAUUUAAAAUUAAACAUCUUCAAAUAUUUUCUGUCUGGCUUCUAGUGGACAAGCCCUGAGACAAUUUAUGGGUUUGUAAGUCUACAACAACAUUUUGGGGGCUGUGUAUAUUAACAGUUACUUUUUAAAUGUAUCUAAAUCAUCUCAUUUGAUAGUGGUACAAAUGAUUUUCAGCAUGUUACUACAUGCCCACCCCAUAAAAUCUUUUACAUAAAUAGCUGUACAUCUUCCAAAAUGCUUUCUCUGUUUAAGGAUGGUUGUGUUUUGAUGCUUGCUAUGUACAAGUAUCCAAGAUCAAAUGCAUGCGUUUAAAAAGGACCCAGGUGAGUGAUAGUGCAAUUACCGUAAAUCAAAUUUCCGGUACUUUUCUUAUAGGUGCAACAGGAACUUUGCGGUUUGCUCAAGCUGUUGGCAUAUCAAAAGAGAAAGGAUCAUUUUGAUAUCCCCCCAAAAUGAGUGCGCUUUUUUUUCUUGUGGUUUAAAGGAUUAGACUUUUUAGGUUUGUCUCAGUACAUGAAUCCCUUUUUUCAGCAACAUUAUUAAAUUUUCAACUCAAGAAACUGAUCCAGGAGGCCCAGGACUAUGUAGCUAACACUUAGAUACAUAAGGGCUGCGUCUAGACUGGCAAGUUUUUCCACAAAAAACAGGAGAGUUUGGAGAGGGAAUUCUCCAGGUAAAAGGAGUACAAAUGGGACCCGUGUGGUAAGUGGCUGUCUGGAGUGUGUGUUUGUGUGUGGGGGAGUUAUUUGCAGUGUGCUGAGCUUGUGUUUGUCUGGUUGGUUGGUUUGAAGG